CGGUCCAACAGGUGUCCGGCCAGCGAAAAAAAAAAAAAUGAUCGUGUUGACGACACUUCUUAUCGGGCUGCUGUACACUAACCCGGUGGCGUUCGUGCUUCUAGUCGCCGCCGGGGUGCUGGUAUGGCUGUGGCUCAGGUAUCACUUCAAACACUGGCAGCGGGAAAGCGUUCCGGGACCGAAACCAUCCCUUCUGUUCGGUAAUCUAACCUCCAGCUUGUUUAUGAAGAAACACAUCGCGGAAGUUGCCGACGAGUGGUACAAUGAAUUCUACAACGAACCAUUCAUUGGAUACUACAAAAUAUUCAAACCGUCCGUUUUAAUUCGCGACCCGGAGCUGAUCAAAACUGUGCUAGGAAAAGAUCAAUCCUGUUUUUCGGCGAACGAUUUCGCCUUCAACGAAAAGACCGAUCCUUUACUGGCGCACAAUCCCUUCCUGGUGGAGGGUGAACGAUGGAGGAAGGCGCGUCAACUGUUGACGCCGCUGUACACCGGGGCCAAGAUGAAGCAACUGUUCCCGGUGAUGAAUCAGGUUUGCGACCAGUUUGUGGAAUACAUCGGUCGCCAGCAGGGGAAAGAUUUGGAAGCCAAAUCGAUAUCCGCCGCCUACACGACACAGAAUGUAGCCGGUUGUGCGUUUAGUUUGGAUGCUGAAUGUUUCGAAAAUCCGAACAGCGAGUGGCGAGUGAUGGGGAAGAAAGUCUUUCAGCCGUCUUUUUUGGCGGGGGUUCAGAUGAUACUGACGCUGUUUGUGCCGGUUGUAGGACAGUACAUUCCAGUGCGAUUCGUUCCGACCGAAGUAGAUGCAUGGUUCCGUAACCUUAUCUCCAAACUGCUCGAAGAGCGUAAGGUGAAGAAACCUGAACGAGAAGACCAGCUGCAAGCACUGUUGAAUUCAAAAACAGAUCUUACGGUUGAGCAAAUCGCUGGACACGCAUUGGCAUUUUUCACGGAAGGAUUCGAAACAUCGAGCACCGGUCUUUCGUUUGCUUUGUACCAUUUGGCAAAUAAUCCUGAUGUUCAAGAUAAACUUUACCGCGAAAUUGAUAGUUCACUAACCGAAAAUGCAAAUAUACUGAGUUAUGACGUGUUGCAAAAAAUGGAUUAUCUUGACUGGGUUCUGCAGGAAUCUUUGCGAAUGACUCCGCCGGCGGCUGUGAUGCAGAAGCUGUGCACAAAAAAUUAUGUUCUCAAGCGAAAAGUUGAUGGAAAAGAUAUAGGAAAUAUGAUCCCGGAGGGGACCACAAUCCUGAUACCGAUAAUGGCUGUGCACAUGGACCCGAAGUACUAUCCGGAACCGAAAAAGUUCCGCCCGGAACGGUUCAGCCCGGAGGAGAAGAGCGAGCGUACCCAGUUCGUACAUUUUCCCUUUAGCGAGGGCCCCCGAAUGUGUUUGGGGAUGAGAUUCGCCCAGACGCAGAUAAAACUGGCGCUGCUCCGGUUGGUGCAAAACUACAAGAUACGCAUUUCGUCGAACCACAAACCGUUCCAGCUGGACCGACGGGCAUUCCUUGUGCAGGCCAAGGACGGACUAGUGUUGAAUUUUGAGAAGCGGUAGGUUCGAUGAAAAAUAGUUUCAAAAUAAAUUGAACAUGCGGUUGAAAA